AUGAAACGUGCAGCUGGUGAUGGGGAUUCCGAAGAAUUUGAAAAGAAACGUGCACGGCGACGAUUGAUAUGUAUGCAAAUUGAUGAUUUUAUUGAUGAGAUAAAACUCCCAGAUGCGCAACGAAAUAAGCUUGAAGAACUCGCGAGUACCGUAAAAUCUCUAAUUUAUGUUGCUAAAGAAAUGAAAAAAGCACAUCAGGUUUGCGAUUUGAAAAACCUCCAAUCAGCCAAUAUCCAAUUUCCCGUUUUGUUACCAUUUGGAUUAGACCUGAGCAAGAUCGAGUCGUCGUGUGAUUGUCGGUGGAUUCAUCCGGCAAAAAUUGAGAUUGCUGGUAGCUGGCGUUCCGGAUAUCAAACCAAAGACGAACCUGUUAUGGAUCUCAUCAUUAUUAUGCCUCGGAAUUAUUUUGGAUCUCAUGAUUAUCAGAAUUUUACAUAUUUCAUCAAGCGUGCCCAUUAUCUUGCACAAACAGCGCAGAUUCUGAUAAAAGCUGGCUUAUCGGUUAAAUUUGGAACUAAACAACAGGAUCCUUUGAAGCCUGUAUUAAUUGUCUUCAAUUCUGAUGCACUCGAAAGUGAAGGUUAUUUGCGGUUGGAUUUUGUACCUCAACGUUCUUUCGCGAAAAUUUCAAAAUUUCGACCCGAAAACAACAAUCUUUUGCCAUCUUUUUGUUCAACGCAAUUCGAUUCACUUGACAGCAAUAUUCCGACGCCAAUUUAUAACUCGAAAAUAGCAGCUGAUUUGGUACGCAAGGAAAUGGAAGCAAAAUUUGAGGAAUUUUUCCGCGAAAAUUCGAAUUUUUCGAGAGCUUACAUUAUGGUACGUUCGUGGAUGUAUCGAAGAGGUUUUGCACAGGUAUAUCUUAAUAUUGAUAAUUUUUAA